AUGGUAAAAACAAAUACAAAUAAAUUAACAGACGACCAAAUUUCAGAAAUUAAAGAAUCAUUUGAUAUGUUUAAAUCAGAUAAUGGUAAAUUGGACAAUGAUCAAAUAAAAUACGCAUUUAAGGCAUUAGGUUGUGAAAUAACAGAAGAAACUUUAGAAUUAAUAAAGAAAAAAGGUCAAAAAUCAAUAUCAUUUAAUUCUUUUUUUGAAUUGGUUUCCCCAUAUAUACCCAAAAGAGAUAGUAUGUCAACAUUAGAACAAGCAUUUAAAUUAUUUGUUAAAGAUGGAUCUGGAAUUACAUUUAAAGAUUUAAAAAAGGUUGCAAUUAACAUUGGUGAAGAAUGUUCAGAUAGUGACUUGUAUGAUAUGAUAGAAUUUGCUGACACUGAUGGCGAUGGUGUAAUAAAUAAAUCAGAAUUCAUAUCAUUAAUGACAACUAAAAAGGUUUUAUAA